CGCCUUUAUUAUUUUCUUUCUUUCGGUCAAAAACUCAAUCUUUCUUGGUUCUCCGCUUCCAAAUCUAAUCCCUCUCUCGAUCCCCUCAUGGGAGGAGUAGAGCAGUCCGUAUCCUGCUAGGGUUUCGAGUUUAUAAAGGCCCUUGGGCUCCCAGAUCCGCCCAAUUUCAGCGAGAACUAGGGUUUGGAAGCUAGGGUUUCGUCAAAGUUUCAAUCUUUUCCCUCCUUUUUCGAUGUCGUGCUCGGGAUUGGACGAUGUCUUUCUCUCUACUUCCCUUGCGAGCUAUCUUGACAAGAAGCUUCUUGUCUUGCUAAGAGAUGGCCGAAAACUCUUGGGGAUUCUGCGAUCUUUUGAUCAAUUUGCAAAUGCUGUUCUUGAAGGUGCCUGUGAAAGAGUUAUAGUAGGAGAUCUAUAUUGUGAUAUCCCUCUUGGGCUGUAUGUGAUUCGGGGGGAAAAUGUCGUCCUGAUUGGAGAACUGGACUUGGAGAAAGAGGAACUUCCUGCUCACAUGAUUAGUGUUUCUGUUGCGGAGAUUAAAAAGGCACAGAAGGCUGAAAGAGAUGCCACAGAUUUGAAAGGUUCCAUGAGAAAGCGAAUGGAGUUCCUUGAUUUCGACUGAGUUAACUUACGCCAUCUCAUCCGCAGGCUUUUGCAAGCCUACUUUUUUUCACCAAUGGCUUCUAGAUCUGCUGGUUGAGAUCAAUGCGUUUCUGUUAUUCUGUAAUUUUAGGUUUUGGAAUAAGGAUAUGCUAUUCUCAUAAUUGUACUUCAAGCUUUUCUAUUUAUUGCGGAGGGUUUCUGAUAUUUAAGUGUAUGUUAAGCUGAAAUUAAAAUGCCAUUUCGAAUUAGGGAGUAACCUCGAUGUUUUGUUUAA